AUGUCUUCGUAUCAUCACCAUCAUCCGGCCGGAGGUCUACAGUUGAACCAGCAGAAGAAUGGAAGACUACACCGGAUUUCUCCACCAGAACUCCCUCCGCCGCCGCCACCAGUACCAGCAGGAGCUCCCAAAGCUUUGCCGCUUGGUCAAACUCAUAAUGAGAAAGAUACCAAAGUACACUAUGUCAAAUUGAUAAAUCAUGAAUUUCGUAGUUUACAGCUCGAUGAAAACCUAAAAUCAAAGUCUAUAUUCGAUUUGAUAGAUUAUUGUGAAUUGCUUUACGAAGAACUGUCAUCUUUAGUUAAUACUGAAAAAGGUUUGACUACUUACAUAAAAGGUUAUCUUAUCUUUAAUUACUUUGUUAAUAGUUUUAUCAUGAUGCAUUUCCAAGGUUUUGAUCAAUUCAUUGAAUCCAACGAACAAGAUUUUAUCAUAUAUUUGAACGUUUUUGCAUUUUAUAACACCGAUGACAUCAUAAGGGAUGAUUCCUAUGUAAUUCAAUUAACAAAAUUAAGAAAAUGGGUUCUUGAAUAUCUUAGUCUGAAAAGCUUAUUGAGUUUUGACGUUAACGAAUUAUACCAAUGGUUAUACGAAUAUAUUGAUUAUUUAAAACAAAAAGAAUCUAUAGAUCAAUCAAAUUCAAAUAAAAUGGUGAAUGUUCCAAAUCAAAAAUCGUUGGAUUCUCCUUUCCAUUCAAACAAUAAUGAUAACGAAACAUUAAGCUCUUUUGGAGAUGAAGCUGAUGAAUCUAUCUUCAAGUUUAAAUCUAGAUUCCCCUCAGUUAAACUCGAAAAUUUACCGGCAUCUCUGGAUUCUUUACCGGAUUUGAGUAAAAAUUCAAGUGAAUCAAGCUUUCCUCCUUUACCCGAUGAAGCUCCUCCACCUUUGCCCAAACAUACUGUUAAUAUAUCUUAUGAUUCAGUUAGCAAAUCUGUUCCAUAUCCUCUUGAACCGGUGGCUAAAAUAGAACAAGCUCCUUAUCCAAUAGAACAAACCUCAUCUGAUGAUAUUUUAUUCUCAAAUAACAAUUCCAGUGAUUCAAGUCUUUUACUUAAUGGAAAAAGAAAUCUUUAUGAUAAGUCCAGACAACAACUGUACCCACAAUAUGAUCAAUCAAUCGCCUCCAAACAUAUGUCACUACCAAAUCCACCUUCAGUCAGAUAUUCAAGGCCACCAGCUUCAAUAAAUACUACUAGGGUGAGACCUCCAGAACCUUUGCCCACUCAACUUAAUGUAACUGGAUCAUUUCAAAAUCACCCAUAUACUUCCAAUAAUAGUCAUUUCCCUAGUUCAAGAUCAUCCGUUCAACCAUAUUCCGGAGCAUCAACAUCACAACGUAUUCACUCACAAAAUUAUUAUUCAAAUCCUCAUGCGCAUAAAGUCCAUAAUAUCCAUUCAUCUCAAUAUUAUCAAAACCCAGGAGCAAUUCCAGCUCAUUCUGCAUCUUUCAUCCCGAAUCAUGUCAAACUGCAACAAGAUCAAAUAAAAGCUCAGAAAAUGCAUUUUUUAAAAGAAUUCAGCAUUUGUGGAUUGAAAAAUUUUGGUUCUUCAUGCUAUAUAAAUCUGACAAUUCAAUUAUUAUUUGGUUUAAAACAAUUACGAUUUAUUUUCUCCAAUCUGGAAUAUCAUAAAUACAUAAAGGAUCCAAAAUUUGUCAAAUUAAUGAAACUUCUGCAAAAUUCAAAAGAUUCACUCUUAUUAUCAGAAGCGUUAUCUGGUUUGCUUAAAACUUUUACAUUACAUGGUGGAUCAUCAGUUGCUCCUACAAAAUUUUUGAGAAUUGCAUCAAUAAUAAAACCUGAUUUUAAUAUACCCAAUGAACAACAAGACGCUCAAGAAUUCUUAUUGUUUGUGUUGGAAAGACUUCACGAAGAGCUAUCUUAUAGUUAUUUAGAUCAAAAUAUUGAUAUGAUUACAAUGGAAAAAAUUGUAACCAAAUGGAAUAUAAAUAUCAAUGUUAAGGAUAAAAAUGAAUAUCUAAAUUGGUGUCAGUCGUUAAUCAAAAGUGAAGGCAAUUCACCGAUUAAUGAUUUAUUUCAAGGUCAUUUACAAAAUAAACUUAUUUGUAAUAAAUGUGGUUUUGAAUCUAUAAAUUACUCGCCCUUUACUAUUUUGUCUUUACCAAUUCCUAAUAAUAAUAUGAAUCGAAUUGUUGAUCUAGCAGAUUGUUUAAGAUAUUACACUCAAGAUGAAGUUUUAACUGGCGAAAAUGCUUGGAAUUGUCCUAAAUGUAAUAAAUUAGAAAAUCAAGCAGCACCAGGAAGUGCCCUUGAUAAUCAUCCAGUGUUCACGCCAAAAAGAAGUGGAAUUUUCAGGUUAGCCAAAAGAAGUAAAUCUCCCGCUAAAAAAGCUAACCAUGCAAAUGGCCAUGUACCGAAAAAUCCAUCUAUUUCAACUAAGACUUUACAAUUCAUCAAAUUACCCCAGAUUAUGUUAAUUCACUUAUCCAGGUUUUCCAUGUUUAAUUUAACUGACAAAUUAGAUACUGUUAUUCAAUAUCCCUUGGAAUUAAGUUUUAAUAACAACUCAAAUAACAUUCAACAUAAAAUUUCAUAUAAGUUAGUUGGUCUUAUCAAUCACUAUGGUAACUUGAAAAGCGGUCAUUAUACUUCAUUGGUGAACAAAUCUAAUUUCAAUCAAACAGCAAGUAAUAAAGAUAACUUGAAGCAUCCUUAUUGGUGCUUAUUUGACGAUGACACGGUGAGACCAAACUUAGCACAUGGUCAUUACAAUGAUCAAAGUUCGGAAUUCAGUCAAGUCAAUUCAAAAGAUGUCUAUGUCUUGUGUUACGAAAGAGUAUAG